AUGGGUAUCUCAGUGAAAGACGUCAGUGCUCAUGACUUCAACAAAGCUUUGGCUGAUUUCCUGAAAAGGACGGGCAAGGUCAAGGUGCCAGAGUGGGCUGAUGUUGUCAAGCUGGGUCGCUUCAAUGAGCUGAGCCCUUACGAUGAAGACUGGUUCUACAUUAGAGCAGCUUCUGUUGCCCGCCAUUUAUACAUCAGAUCCCCAUGUGGAGUUGGAGCCCUGACUAAAAUCUACUCCGGUAACAAACGCAACGGCACAACCCCCAGCCACACCUGCCGAGGUUCACGCAGUGUUGCCCGCAAGGUUCUGCAGACACUAGAGUCCCUCAAGCUGGUGGAACAAGAUGCUAACACUGGAGGCCGAAAGCUGACCUCCCAGGGCCGUCGUGAUCUGGACAGAAUUGCCAGCCAGAUCAAGAGCGGAGGCAAGAAGGCGGCAGCCGCCCCCAAAUAG